CCGGUGCAUUAGUCCAAAAUAAUCCGUUGGCCAAUGAUCAUAGUACACAACUUAUUCACACCUAUUUCUACACGAGCCCACGCAAACAUAACGUGUUUUCAGUUCGAGAUUCUCACAUUGAAACGAAAUGUUGUGUUCUUAGUUUAUACGGUGAAAAAGUGAAUUUUGCGGGGUUCGUGCAUUAAUAUUUAAAAUAUCAUCAACCCCUCACAAAACAUUGUGUUCGGCAAAACUUACUUAAUUGAUCUAUUUUUUGUCAAAUUAAUAAAAAUAAAUUAAACAAUUAAACAUAUGGAAUCUGAAUUGUCACCAGAUAAAGAGAAAGAUUUACCACCAGUGCCAAUAAAAACAUAUGAAUGGGAAGAUUUGAGAAGAGCGCGUGAAGCGGGAAGGUACCCAUGGACGCACCUGUUGAAGGCGCCACUUCAAGGUGAAAUUACCGCUGAAGACAUCAUCAGAGAAACGACGCCAAGAAGAAGCAUGUCGCGAGAAUUUUCAAGGUCUCGAACGCAUUCGCCGGUAGACGGUGACGUGCAGAGGAUACUCAACCUUGAUUCUUCACCUGGAAGUAGUCGCAAGCACGGCGAAGAAGGUGAAGAUGAAGGAGUACACAUACCAAAUUUUUCCAAAGAAGUGUCAUUAGAUUCUGAAGAUGAUGCCAUAAAUCAGGCUGUGAAAGCUUACGUAGUUAAAUCUCCUGAAAGUCAAGCUAGAUCCCACUUAGCAACACCUGUUGAAAUACCAAAGAAUGUUUCCCCUAAAGGUAUACUUAAGCGCCGAGUACCAGAGCAACAAUAUAACAUAGGAGUUACUUCAGAAACCAGAGAAAAAACGAAAUGCUGUCAUCCUUUGGUGAAUAAAAUAAAACAUUUAGCGGAUAAAACUUUACAUAAACUUGAGCGUACUGAAAAUGAGAAAUCACCAAUACCAAAACGUAAAAAGAAUGAAGAAGCACAAGAAAUAAGACAGCUAAGAUCUUCUCCUGGUGCAGUCCGAAGACAAAAAUUCGGUGCUAUAAAAUUAGGAAGUUCUGAUGAAAUGAGUAAAACUAUGGUUGUAGACACGCCACCACCGAGGAAAAAAAAGGAACAUAUUUACGAAGAUAUAGAAGACGGAAAAGAUGUGCAUUUCGCGCCAGAUGUCGAUAAACAAGACAUCAAUAAAACAGACGAGGAAAGUAGGAGUAACAGCAACAAAGAAAAUGAAAGCCUGUUGGAGAAAAAGUCGAUCGCUUCCCAAGACCCCAGUUUAGUUCUGGAAAACACGAGCCUGAAAUCCGACGAACACGUUAUGGAAAAAUUACAUAAAAUGGAUAAUGUAAAUAGAGAAGCUAUUAUUUUAGACGAAGAAAUGGAUCCUGAUGAACCCAAUGUAGAUGAAAUAUUUCAAAAUCAAUUAGAUGAAAGAGGACCAAGCAACGAAUCCCCAAAUAUCACUAUCACGGAACUGACUGAAGAGGAAGCAGCAGUAACAGAUGACCAACCUGCAGCAAUCCCCAUAGAAUCAUCGCCCAGCCCCAGCCCACACGAUGCCAACGAUCGACAACAAACAGAGUACCCGAGAAAAUGGUCUAAACCCAGCAGUGAUCACGAAUAUGAAAUCAUCGAAAAGCCUCCGCCAAACAUUAUUUACACUGCUCCCAGUGUAGACGAAAAACCAAACCCAUUGGUCAAAACAGAUGAUGAACUGUCUAGUACAACUUCGUUGGAACGAAAAUAUUUACAACACACAUCAGAUGAUGAGGAACAAUUAGAUGAAAACUUAAAUUUAAAUGAAGAUAAAAACGAAGAAAUGAUCAGCGCUGAAGCACUUCAACGAGAUAUUGAAGACAGGUAUUUUGUAAAUACUCCGUCAACACUAUCGCGUACAGAGUGUGAAGUAAGUACCAGUCAAGUUGAUUCAUCUGCAUUGGAACAGUUACCUUUAAAGCGUGACAGUAGAUCCAAAAAUGCUGAAAACACUGACAGUAAGAUUCAACAACGUAUCAGAGAAGGUACAGGUAAACUAAAAUCACAAGCUGGUAAACUAAAAACCAAAUUACAAAGUAUUAAAACAAAACAGUUUACAAUGCCUGAAAAACCUAAGAUAAGUAUGCCUGAUCGGCCCAAAUUUAAAAUGCCGCAAAGACCUAAGAUAUCUCUGCCUGAUCGGCCUAAAUUCUCAUUACCAGAUAGACGGAAAUUUAGUUUACCUGAUCGACCUAAAUUCAACAUUGCAGAAAAAUUACAUCGAUCUAGAUUUACAAUGCCAGAGAGACCCAGGUUUACUGUCCCCGAUCUUCCUAAAUUCAGAAUGCCUGACAAACCCAAAAUAAACUUCCCUAGUCUUGGUAGAAAAAAAGAAUACAAGGUAACUAGUGACUCUACUAACUCAAACGAGCCAACAGAUGUUGCCACAGUAGAAUUUGAAGCUAGAACUUACCCCCGACUAUUCAAUAGGAAAAAGAAAUCAGAGCUUGCCAAAACGUCUUCAACCCCGACUAUUAAUAGGGAAGAUACACCACCCCCUACGUUUACAUUCACACGGGUUAAAAAACAAAAAGAAGAACCAAGUUACAUCCCCGACAGCCCUGAACAGCCGCGAGAGUAUGGGAAUAUUGACAACGAUGAUGCAAACUUCGAAAUGGACGAUGUCAGGCGAAUUGAGACUACCUACGAUUUUGAUAAGGUGGACACAGAAUAUUUGGACGAUGAACCUGAACCUUCAAAUCUAGAACACGAUCACGAUAGACAAGAUGCUGCAUCCAUACCCGAUAUAUCACCAUCUAAACAAGAAUACACACAUGUCAUAACCGAAAUUAAUAAUGACGAAUUUUUUGUUCGACCGAGAGGCAUUUCUCGCGAAGAUAUUCAAACAAGGGAAUAUUUGAGCGACGAAACACGAAAAGCGUUUCAAAACCCGAAGAAUAUUCUUUCCCUAAUAGGGAGUAAUUCGGGAAUGAACGACGAUAAUAUGUACGUCAACGAUCCUGACGCCGAUCCUGAGCUGAUGAUCGAUGACAACGAACCGAUGAGGUAUUCAACUGAAGAUUUGAAUGAUAAAGAUGAUGGUUAUUAUACAUUUCCACCAGUGCGACCAUCAAGAGCAAAGCGGAAGAAGAAAGAGGAGGAGGCAACUCCAUACAUGGACGAUAGUGUCAACGCCAGUAUGCAAUUUAGUGAGGUGGACUUGUUAGACGAGCAUCAUGACGAACGUAUCAGUUGUGACAUGGAAGAAAAUAUUGAUAUGCAGGUCAAUAACCACACUGAUUUUACACCCACGACGGAUUUGCAUUCCAUACAUGAAUAUGCAAAUGAUGAUGUUAUCCAGUAUCCUGACACCGUGCCAAAUCAGUCACAAACGCUGCCGAUGCCACCGAAAAGAAAGAAGAAAUUCAAUAAGAAGGAUUUCAAGCAUUCAUCUCUAAACGACUUCAAAAAUGCUUCUCAACUUUGGGAGCAGCCGCAAGAACAUGAAAACACGGACGAUAUCAUUGUUUAUCGCACUGAACACGAGUAUAUCGUACCGCAAGAGUACGUGCAUUCAACGGUCCACGAGCAUAGCCCGGUACCACCGCGGCGUACCCGCUCCAGAAGUUCCAGGGGAACCUCUCUCUGUGACGACGACCGCACAUCGCAUGGUGCUGAGUCUCUAAUACUCGACACUAACAUAGCACCCACUGAAGAAAUUGACAUCGAAAGAGAAAUUCGUCACGAAAGCCCUGGAUACGCAACCGUCGACAAAGGCCCAUACGCACCCAGCAAAGGUGUAAGACGUUCUAAAAGUAAGACCCCACCUAGACGCAGGAAGAGCAAUAGCUCAGAACGUAAAUAUUAUACGGUCGGAUCCACAAAACCUGUCGGGCCUGACCGACCACCACGAAAGAAGUCGUCUACCAGUCUUAUGACAUUAGACAGCUUUACUAAACGAUCAGUGAGUGGAGAUUUGACUCAGUACGUUGAAAUAGAUGAACCAUUUGAAGAAGUUCACAAAGACUUAAAAUCUGGAGAGGUUGUUAACAAAAUGAAAGAUAGGCCCUUGCCGCCUCCACCACGCCCACCGAGAGGAUCGAGGCGAAGAAGAAGGGAUAAAAAUAAUCUCCAACGGGAUAUUUCUACAGACGCCGAAUCAAUAGGAGUACCCCGUGAUUUCGAUGAAAAUCAGAAACAAGACGAUGUCAUAGAAAUUGAAGUAUCUACACAGACUGACCCACUGCCAGAUGAUGUCAUUUUCGAAUUAGGUAUGGAUGAAAAUAUUGACGUCUCCAUGUCCAGCUCCUUAAGAGACAUUGUCGAUGAAGAUUUUAUGCAUUCUAAGAGUCAAUCAAGAGCCGAUGAAAGUCCUCGCGUAUCACGGCCAACAUCCCGUUCUGAUAAAUCUAAAAAGCUUUCUGACCCAAAAAUAUCUGAAUUAUCUAAACCAACUCUCGGGCGUACAUCGCCUACAGUUAUAUUAGUAGAAAGACGAGUGUCGAGUCCAACUAGGAUUAAUGAACGUGAAGAAAUGCUAACCGAGGCUUCGUUGACUGUUCAACCUAUAGACAUCGAUGAUUCACAUAUCCCAGAUGUUCCACCACUACCACGGUCAAGAGGUAUUUCAGGCACUAUUCAAACUCAAAAACCUACAGCGACGCCGGUUGAAGAACAAGCCCUCGAAAAAGUAAGUGACACAUGUCGGGAAGUCCAGUUAGAUAACUUAGUGACUCAACGACUACAAGUGAAAGAUUUAGAUGUGGGUCGACUAAAUGUAUCUGAACUGCAAGCCAAUAAAAUUUUGGUGUCAGAUAUAGAAGGAAUGACAUUACAAGUCUCAGAAUUAGAUUCGAAAUCUGGGCACAUUUCUGUUAGCGGAAUUGAGUUUUCCCAAUCGGUCAUAGACGAAAUUGUCAAAAAAUUCGCUGAAAUAUCUACAGCACAUGCUCCUCCACCUCCGGCAGCUCUAGAAACUAUCGAACAUCCAAGGCCGGUAAGUAGGGAAGAACACACACAGACUGACGAUUUGCCUGUUGAAAAAGCUUCGGAAACCAAAGUAGAAGAAGUUAAAGUGUCUCAAGAAGAGGCGCCACAAACUCCUCCCCCUCCUAGGCCUCCUAGUGCUGAGGAUGCAGGAGCUCCACCUCAAAGACCUCCUCCCCCCGAUUUAACCCCGUUGUUGUACUCGUAUCUCCAAGACAUAACCAUACCUCCUGCUUCUUUCUUCCCUGGUCGUACGCUAAGGGAACGACCUCAUUUUGAGUUUCAUGACUCACAACACCAAACCCCUCCGCCACCAACAAGGCGUGCUAAAAGGAAACCUGCAGCUCCUCAUUCUGAAUCUAGUUCUGACGAUGGUAGACCUCGUCCUUCCCCACGUCGAAUCGCGCCCCCUGUCAGAUCCCAUGAGCCCACUAUAACUGAAGCAGGAGCGCAAUUUCUGCGUGUUUGCCACUCUUCAAUUAGUAGGACUAUAAGGAGCAUGUUCAACUCCUUCAUGUCGUACAUUAGUGGCACGGAAGACAAGAAAGACGUGCAAAUGGCAAUGGUUAUAUUCCUCGUGCUGAUUGCGGGCCUGAUCAUGUUUGGACUGAGUGACAGCCGGGCGGUGCACCAUCACCACUGGGAGUUCUUUAAUCCACCAGAUGGGAAGCCUUGAUCUUAGUGCCUCAUCGUGUAUUGGUAUUUAUCAAUUAAUCUUGUAGAUUACGAAAUAGUCUUAAGUUCGACGGGCUUGUUGGACGCGUUGUUGUUGAUUUAAUUUAUGAUGAGGGCCAUCGUUUACACGGUCUCUCCUGAAAAUGUAUAAUUAUGUUGUAUUUAAAGAAACUAUAUUUAUUUAUUUGUAGCACCUUUAUGAUAUCUAGUCACUUUUCCUUAAAUUAUAUUUUCCACAUUGUUAAAGAUUGUCAAGAAAGCGUCCAAACAAGUCUGACUAAUUAAUUGUCGUGAACUGUAUGAUGCAACGUUUUAUGAAAAGAAGUAAAAAGCAUUUUAUGCAAAGCAGACUUUCCACUACAGUUUAUUUUUAAUGAACACUUUAGUUUUAUUAUAAUUUUUAAGUAUUCGUUUAAUUUACUAAAUGUCCAGAUGGUGCUUGAUCUUGCAGUACAAGACCUCCACAUAUUAAUUACCUACAUAUUUAUUUCGCUUUCCUUAUAACAACAAUAGUAACAAUUAUAUGUAAAUCACGCAUUUUUUUGUCAUGGCUCUCGACUUCCUACCUAAUGAUAUAUUAUUCGCAAUGUGAAAACCUAAUUUAGUAUUUUUAAUUAAGGACAGAACCACAACACUUAUAGGUAACGUAGAAUAUACAUAUCUAUUCUAAAAAAGGUACGAGCACCAUAACGGAUCGUUUGUUUGUCACCUUAUAUAGAACCCGAGAGUUUUAUAAAAAUAAUUAUGAUAACUUAAUUUGUGAUUUUAACAUUAUUAGGUGCAAUUUUUGUCAAAAUGUUUUAAACAGGCAUUAGCUCGUAAUAGAACCACCUGCAAAAAGUAUUAAGUCAUUGCACCUAAUAAUGUUACAUUAUCUAUGAGAAGUUAGUACGCAGGCCGAAAUAUGUUACGAGAACUAAAUUUCUUAAAAAUAUCUAAAGCACUGUUCUGACUACUGAUUAAUUAUUAAGUGUAGAAAUGAAGUAAAGAGUACGGUCAGUGAAAUUGACAGAUCUGUUUACUAAUUAUUACACCGCUGAUUAGGGGUGAUUGACCCGUCGUAUUUUUAAUUUUUCUCCUGUGUAUUAAUUUUACUCAAACCAUAUACUGUUACCUAGUUAUAUAAUACAUAUUAACCACACUGUUAACGUAGUAUUUCAGAUGGCGUUAUGCAUUUUGUAAAUUUCCUUUUUUUGUUGUGUAAUUAUGAAGGAAAAUAAAAUUUGUUAAAUAAA